CGUAUAGAAAAAAAGGCAUGCAUAGUACACUUUUAACGCUACGUUCUAACAAAUUGAGCAGUCACAAGUUCGAAACGGGAGCUCUUAAACGCGUUCCUAAAAAUCAAAAUUUAAAAUUCGAACAUGAAAAUGGCGCGAAACGUUUCGACUUUUUUCUUUUUCGUCUACGGUCUGACACUAGUGGUGCGCGCUGAGAACGAAUUAAAAGAAAUGGACGCGGCCGGUAUCAUGAACGCCGUUGAACAAACGCUCGAUUUAAAAUAUAAUGAGUAUGCCGGUUAUUUAACUAAUUGCUUGGAAACAUUCAAUGAUAACCUAUUGAAGGACAGUGAAGUUGGCAGGAUGCUGCACUAUGAGGAACUUAAGUCUAAAGUUGACAAUAUUGGCAAAAUUACAGAGGGCCGGAAUAUAAAGAAGCUAGCGUUCGCCACCCUACCGGUCAUCUUCCACCUGGGGAUGACGUCAGCAUGGACGGUCCUCACCACCAUCCUGACGGCGAAGGCGGUCGCCAUCGGGCUAGCACUCCUCGUGUUCAAGAUAGCCGCCAGUUCGGCCAAGGUGGCUUCAUACUUCACAGCAUGGAGAGUGAAGGACCAUGGUCAAAACGAAUACUCCUUUGUACCGCACCAUGAACACUUCGAACACCAUGGUCAUCACAGAAGUUUAAGAGAUUUAGAAGUCCACCACCCAGUUUACCAAGGGCAGUCCUCGUACAGUCCCAGCUGGAACCCAGUCGACGGGUACGACUCGGGAUCUAGCUACAAAACAAUCCCCUUCCAAGGACCCUACAGUGAACAGGAGUACGCUGGCACCAAAAAAUCGCUUGACAACACGUUAGACGAAGAAAAACCGUGUCCGAAGGAUUGACGUAUUUACAUCAUUUAUUAACAAUUAGCAAGAUUAAAUAGUUAAAACCAUUAUGUACCUACUACAUUACACUUACAAAGUUUAUUAUAAUAAUUUUAGUACUCGAAUGAAGAAAACAUAUUUUACGUGGGACCAGAGAUGGUGAAACUGGAUCGCGUUGGUAAAUUCAUAAUAAAUCCAAAAAAGAUCAGAAAAACAGACUAGACUAAUCUAGAAAUAUAUCGGGAUUUUAAGAAUUUGUUUCUGCAAAGGCUCAAUUUCUAUGGUGGCAGUAUUUAUUAUUUAUAUAUUUCUAUACAUAUGUAUAUAACUUUGUUAAUGAUAACAAUAGCUAAAUUAUCUAAGUAAUUUAAUUACAAAUAAAUAAAUCCACUGCUGGACAUAGACCUCCUUAAUAAAGGUGUUGCCAAUAGCUACCACGCUUGGUAGGCGGGUUGGCAACCGCAGUUAGACUGACGAUGUUUAAACAGGAACGUUGAUGGCUAUGCCAUCACCAUUAAAUCCCUUUAGUCCCCUCUUACGGCACCCAUGAGACAAAAGUGGAUAGCUCAUUCUAUUCCACAUGUCAAAAAAUAAAUUAAAAUAUUGUUUAUUCAAACAAACUUGAUCAUAAGCAUUGUUGAAAAGACACUGUUUUUAUUAAUGUACCGCCCAGUUCGGAAUGCAAUUUCAACUGAGGAAAACGAGCAAAAAUCAUAGCUUUUUUUAACAAAUAAUGGCUAUCAAAAAUUUCAUAUAGAUAAAAACUACAAUCGAUCUCAGUAUUCGUAUAUUACCCAACGCCUACUAGCCCCAAAUUAAUAAAAAUAUAUACUAUAUGUACUAAAUAUUGAUAUAUACCAGGGGUAGCCAACUUGACCAGACCCAAGAUCUGCUGACGAAACCCAGUGCGAAAUAGUGAAUUUGCUGGGUACAGAGGAAUAACAUCUGAGUCCUCAGGAAUGGCAACGCAUGGGGGGUAUCAUGGGCGAAACAGUAUACUCUGUUAUGUCCAUGGUACCGCUCAUGUCUAUAGGCGACGGUUACCACUUUCCAUCAGGUGGGCCGUCAGCUUGUUUGCCAUUCUAAGUUGUAUAAAAAAAAACAAUUACAUACUUCUUGAAAUCAGAAAUAAAACAACAUAGUUCAGUACACAAUUAUGUAGUUUUCAUUGUUAUUUCACCCGUUAACUGUCCACUGCUGGACAUAAGACUUCCCCAUAAGAUGAGUUUUGCCAGUAGUUGCCACGCUUGCAAGCGGGUUGGCAACCGCAGUUAGGCUUUUAGAGAUGUUUCAAGAGGGACGCUGCUUCCCAUCCUUCGCCCUCCCUUAGUUAAAAGGAAGGAGUGGUCUAUUUAUGCCAGUACCAUACGGCGAUUAUGUAGUAUUGUAGUAUUUUUUUUUAUUUUAUUAAAAGGGAAAACAUGAAACUGAAACUAAUUCUCAGUAACUGCUUAUUUAUAUUUGUGCGAGCAUUGCGUGCGCGCAUCUUCCGCCGGAUUAGCAAUAUAUUAUAUUGUUUGUUUUACCACUAUCGACUGGACUAAUAGUCGCGAUCGACUGGUCGUCCUCUCCUGGUAUAUACUAUAGUAUAUAAAACAUAUAUUGAAACGUGAUCUGGUUUCACAAAAGAUAAUACGUAAAACCAAAAUGUAUAGACAAAGAAAACCCACCGUUGUAAAGUUGACCAUCAGCGCCAUCUAGCAACAGCCAUGAUGUACAAAUUUUAGAAACAAAAUCAACAGGAACUAUGUCUAUAUACAAAUACUCAGUUAAUUUAUAUCUAAAAUUUAAAAUCAUGGCUGUUACCAUAUAAUAACCAUGUAGAACACGUUAAAAUAUCGAAACACUCGCUACAUUCUAAUAAAACGGUGUUUUAAUUAACAUACAUACAUAAAUAUCUGUCACACCUGUCUUCCAUUAAGGUAGGCAGAAACAAUGGAACGCCAAAUGCUUCGAUUUAAACCUCUUUCGCUUCCUCCACAUUCAUCAAUCUUUUCAUACACGCUCGCCGGUUAUGGGUACUUUUAAUUUGGCCCUUCUUGAACACGUCGCCUGUUUGGUCGACAUACGUCCGUCUAGGGCGGCCCCUACCGACAUCUCCAUUCAUACAUACAUACAAAUAAAUUACAAACACAUUUAUGUAUUAUUCAUUCAUACAUACAUAUUCCAGGUAUGUACAGUUGGCUUGAAUAUGUGCAUGUGCAUUUCAUUAUACAUAGAUAUAAUUUGAUGCUGACAACUUCUUUCAUCUUCUAGAAGAAUACAAGCAAUAAAUUCCGGUGACUGUACAAUCUUUUGAGCCGACUGUACAUGUACCGAUUUACUAUAGACUAAUAGACAUUCUUACAUAAUAUUAAGUAAAUUUUAAUUUAGUUUUAUAUUACUUAUUGUAAUAAUUCAUUUAAGAAAACUAAUUAAAUAUUUACAUAAAUUCAUUUUUAUUAACUCAAUAAAAAUAAAUUAAGCCAUUCAUUUGUAGUAACUAUUAAAAAGUUAAUUAUUUUAGAUUAAUUAUAUAAAUUAAGAAAUAAAACUGCAUUUAUUAGUUUUUGU